AUGAGAAGACUUGCACCUAGUUUGACACCGUGGGCAGGCAGUCCAUCAGUGCGUCCCGCCCUGCCCUGCCCUGCCCUUAGACAGAAAACUGAACCCAAGCACAGACAUGCCAACCACUACGUGAGCUCGAAGUUUAAAAUGAGUCCGUCUUUGGCAUCUUUGAGGGCGGCUGUUUCCUUGGCCCUUGUUUUACUUGGUCCCUGCCCUGGCUUGAUGGCCCCACUCGUUGAAUCAGACGAUGAUCAUUUUGACCUGGAGAACUAUGACUUCAACAGUAUAACAGAUUGGGACAACCUUGAACCCAACAUUUAUGGUGACAGUUAUGAUUAUGAUGAUUUGGACCAACAGAUUGAGGUAGCCACCGUAGCAGCAGACAUCCACCAACUGGGCAGCCAGCCAAAGGUUGACCAGCAUGAGGAAAAAGUGACCCUGCCUUCUUCGUCUCCAUCCCCUGUGCCACUGGACUUCAAGGGCUCUGGCCUUUUUGGACCUGAGACUGGAUUGGGAUUGCCUACCUGUCUUCUGUGUGUAUGUAUUGGAGGGAGUGUGUACUGUGAUGAUACAGGCCUUAAACAGAUUCCACCCCUGCCCAAAGACACCAGCCAUUUUUAUGGACGCUUCAACAGUAUUCGACAUGUCAAGAACACAGACUUCAUAAAUCUCAGUAAGCUACAGUCUAUUGACCUUACCGGAAACCUGAUUUCUGAAAUGGAUGAAGAUGUAUUUCGCACGCUACAUCAGCUUCAUGACUUGUUGUUAGCCGAGAACAACUUACAGGCCUUGCCAGAACUACCAAUUACCUUAAAGCAUAUUGAUCUACGGAACAACAGACUGAUAAGCCGAGGGCUCUUUACAGGGUCCUUUAAGGAUAUGAGCCAGCUGGAAUUCCUCUACCUAUCCAAUAAUAGACUAGAUUACAUUCCAACACCAUUGCCAUUGAGUCUCAGAGUAUUACAUUUGCAGGGCAACAACAUUCAGUCCCUUCAUGAAGACACCUUCUGUGACAGCCACGACCGUUACUUCAUUCGUCGCAACCUGGAGGACAUCCGCCUUGAUGGCAAUCCUUUAAACAUGAAUCUUUUUCCUCAGGCUUAUGUCUGCCUGCCACGCCUCCCUGUAGGAAAUCAUUGA